AGAACACAAGCUGAAGCCGGACCGACUGACAGGACGAGCCGCUGCUGAACGAACCCCGAACCACCGGCUCCGGUCUUGAGUGAAGAGGAUUUGUGUUUUUUGCUGGUCGCUCUGCUUCCACACCGAGCCGUCGUACAGAGCAGAACCUUCUAGAACCUGGACAGACUUUACGUCUAGAACAAGAACCGUACAGCUGAGGAGACACCAGUGGUGGUGACCGACUGCCGGUCUCAUCGACCACCGUCCCCUGACCCACCAAAGCCAUGCUGUACCUGAAGAAGUACUUCACCGAGGGCCUCAUCCAGAUGGCCAUCCUGCUGAGCCUCUGUGGGAUGAGGGUGGACGUGGGCCUGGAGCCCUACCUGCCUCCCUCCUGGCACGAGAUGAUCCUGGGUCCGACCUCGGCGCUGACCCAGACGCAGUUCCACAACCUGCGCAACCGCCUGGAGGAGGGCCACAACCUGCACCCCAAGAGCGUGGAUCUGGACGGGUUCUUCACAGCGAGGAGGCUGCUGGGAUGGGUCCGCUCUCUGGACAGGCUACAGGUUCCUCAUCCGGAGCUGCAGACGUGGCUGGUCCAGCGGGAGCCGGACGCUCUCCCCGUCGGCUGUUCGGACCAGCCGUCCCUGAGGGAGAGAGCUCCUGCCGGGGUGGAGAGAGACCGGACCUCCCCUUCUGUGGAGGUCAGAGCCGAACUCAGUAACCUGGAGGACGAAGACGAGGAGGAGGAGAAGGAGACUUCCCUCCAGGAGUGUCUGAGGUUGUUAGAGGAAACAUUUCCCUUCACAGACGACGACCAGUUAAGUGAUGCUGAUGGCAGGCAGGAGUCCGAGUCUUCACACAGGGAGCCCCAGCUGUCCCCCAUCAUCCCCACUGGUAACCCCUCCUUGGACCUGGAACUGGACUGGCAGGACCUGCUGUCUAUCAUGGACCCUGAGAACACUGAUGUGGACAUGACGGCAUCAUUUGAAGACACGCUGGAUGUAAGACCUUCUGGGACCUUCCGAGGUGUUGGUUCUGAAGCUCCGCCCCAGAACUCCAACAGCCUCGGCAGUGUUGUAACGGAGGCUGAUCAGGCGCUGCUUCUCAUGGAUGCGCCGCCGCCGCCGCCGCCGCCGCAGCAGCAGCAGCAGCAGCAGCAGCAGCAACAACAUGGUGUGUUUGGACCUCAGAACCAGGCAGAGCUCGAGCCAGCCCUGCUUCCCCUGACCCCCAGUGCAGAGUUGGAUGACCACAGUUCAGCACUGAACACAAGGCGCACUCUGGAGAACCCCCAGGCUGAUCCCUUCCACCGUCCUCCAGACCACACAGAUCUGCUUGCAGAAGAUCCUUCAGAAGACUUUGGCCUGGGACUAAAUGCAGAAGAUAACCCGAGUACCUUCAACAUGAAUCUGCUAACACAAGAACCUGUGGACAGGAUGGAACCUGAAACCCUUCCUGGCUUUGAUGUGAACUUUAAUUCUUGUGACCUGACACCUUCCAGUUUUGGUCCAUCUCUGGAGGAGAAUGACAUGACCCGAGACCUUCUGGCAUCUCCUUCCGGCGAUUUUCUGGUGGACGAGGAGGAUGGUGAAGAUGGUCUCCCAAGCCGCCUUAGUGACCUCUUAGAGGACGCUACUAUAUUAGAUGAGAUUAGACUGUUGGACCUGGCUCUAGAGGAAGGAUUCAGUCCGGAGAUGGCAGCCAGGCUGGAAGAGGAGGGCUACCUUGACCGUGAAGUAGCCCAUCAGGAAACUGACAGAGAUGAUGACCACUCAGGCUCUGACAUGGUGGUCACAGAAGAUCAGGGUCAACCAGGAAGACAUCAGCAAGAUGGCGAGAACGAGGCAGACUCAGACUCUGGUCUUUCUUUGGACUUCAGCCACAGCCCUGCUUCUCCAAGUGCUUCCGAGGCCUCCUCUUAUUCCUCUUCCUCCUCGUCAUGUUCCUCCUCCUCCUCAUCCUCCUCUCCAUCUUGUGCGUCAGCUGUAGGAAGUCUCUUCUCUGAAGAUGAAGAUGAGGAUGAUGAGGAAGCCUUCGUUGGCCCAGAUAUGGAGGUGGAGGUGACCAUAAAGCAGGAGGAGAUGGAAGAGGAGGAGAUGGGCGCGGUAGGAGGAGGGUAUCCUGGAGAUGUGAACAAACUCAUCCCAUCCAACUACGAGGAUCACAAACUGUUUCAUGACUUUUCCUGGAUGGAGCAUAUUGGUCAUGAUCACACAUAUAACCAGCCUCGGUCCCCCGAGUCCUCUCCGUACCUCGGAAAGAUGCCCACCAAGCACACCAAACCUGCUCCACAUCAUGACACCAAGCCUUACCACCGCUCCUCGUCCAGACACAUCUCCAUGAGCAAAAUGUGGAGCCGGGAUGAGCGGCGAGCACAAACCCUGAAGAUCCCUUUCUCCAAUGAGCUCAUUGUGAAUCUGCCAGUAGAGGAGUUUAAUGACCUACUGACCAAUUACCAGCUGGACGAGGAGCAGCUCGCCCUCAUCAGGGACAUACGGCGUCGUGGUAAGAACAAGAUUGCUGCCCAGAACUGCAGGAAGAGGAAACAAGACGUGCUGCUGGGAUUGGACGGCGAUGUGGCAGGUUUGAGGCGCCAACGUUCACGACUGCUCCGGGAAAAACAGGAAGCCCUGAGGAACCUGCAGGAAAUGAAGCGACGAUUGGGUGUGUUGUACCAGGAAGUCUUUUCCAGGCUGAGGGACGAGGAAGGGAGGCCGCUGGACGCUACCGAGUACCUUCUUCAUUUCGAUCCCAGUAAUACGGUCACAGUGGCGUCACGCCAACAAAUGGCAGAAAAACCGAGCAAGAAACAGCGAGACAGGAAGAAGUGAGGAGGUGGACAAGCCAGGAACAUUUCCACAGGAGAUGUGGACACUGGAAAAUGUAGAGACAGUAAAGAGUUUGAAUGGGAGCCUGAUCAAAAACACAAACAUAUGAAGGAGUGAUGAGUCAGUGGUGAGUAAAGGAACACAGGAGGUGUCCUCAUAGCGUCAACAGACACUCCUGGGUCUCCAAAACCAUGAAACCCUCAAACACCCAGAUUCCCCUGAGAGUAGGUGGAAGGAUGGAUGGAUGGAAGAAGACAGAAGAAAGAGGAGUUCCUUAAAAGGGGAUCUGACUGACAUUGAUGAUAAGGCAACCUUUCCUCCAGGUUGUGUCGCUCUGCUCCUCAGUAUGAACCUUUCAGACACUGGAACAAUACUUGAAUUCAGCUCUUGUUAAGCUCUAAGGUAAACAGCCGAUAACUGACCUGGGACCAGCGUUCUAAGAUGCUAGUCCAAUGCCUAUGCAAAGUCCUGAUUUUAAAGAAAAGCUAAAAAACACUGAGUCGGACACGGCAACGAGUCGAAAGCAGGAUAGAUCCCGAGCCAGCAGGGACGAGUCGCUGGUCUGCAAGAAGGGAAGACGAGGAGCUGGUGCAGGGUCUCAGUGAAGAGGUCGGGUCAAAGGGGGUCAGUUCAGUCUCCAGAAACAAACCCUGCAUUUCACCAAAACACCAAAACAUUUGGUACCGUCUCCAGGAAAACCUUUUUAAAUUGGAUCCAUCAUGGCAGCGUAGCGGGACUUACACCCUACUGGUAACAGCUCCACUCCAGCACUGAGCUGACAAACAGGCAUCAAGGACAAGCUCAUCUUUAGGUAUAAGCUCUGUCAGAAUGUGCUUUGUAGGAUACAUUCAGCUAACUACUCGAAGAGCACAAAGGAUCCUUGUUUUGGCCAUGGCCCACCUCCUCGCCAUGUUUCAGGUGUAAUAUUACUUACAGACAUACCUGCACCUCGGUGGGGCAGCAUCGUGCUCAUGGUGGAUGUAUGCUGAGGACAAGGCAGGGCUUUGGGUCAUCCUGCAUCAGUGUUAUGCAGCAUUUAAAGGGAAAGCUGUUAAAGGCUUUGUUGGUUUGUGGAUGACAGACUGCAGUGGACUGACAGAGAAACACACUUUACAUACAAGCAGUGCCUGUAUUUCUCUGUCACAUCUUUAAAACUGACAUAAGUUGUUAAGCUGACAUGAUUGUGCACAAAAAAAAACACCUUCCAACUUCAGGGCUGCUGUCACCCUCUGCUGGCUGCGUCCACAGCUGAGGAGGACACACCUCAGAGAUCAGCGCAAGGUCUACAACCAGCUCCAUGAUUGUUUACUCUUUUGUGUGUUACUGGGAAAGUGGACGAGGAUUUUCUCAGGAACAGCCAGAGGGGCUGCUGCUUUCCCCUCAGAAGGGCUUUACCUAUACAGUCAAAUCACUGGAGAUCAAAUGAUGUCAUUGUUUAGGAUCAUUUUUAGCCAUGAAGCUGUCAUGAAGCAGGUGUUCAGAGCUUCACCUGGCAGACAGAAUCCAGCCGCUCUGUUUGUCCCUGCAUACCAAAGAAAAGCAGUGAAAUGACACCAAAUGUUUGAACUGUUUAACCUGCAUGCAGCAGUGGUGGAAGAAGCUUUGGUUAGUCGUUUAUAUCUUGUGAUUGUCCAACGUUCUUGCUGGUAUUCAAGGACUUGGCCUCAUCGUUUGUAAUACAAAAUAAAAAAUAAAACAUUU